AUGGUCAAGCGCUUGCGCAGCCGUAGUUUCUGCGCGGAACGCGCAAAGUACACCGAGUGCACCAGAGCGCUAUCAGCCGCCUGCACAGCACUCGUCCUACGCAAAUCAAAAUACGACGUGACCCACUCUCGAAGCAAGCAGUUUGGAGGGCAAAAUCGGGGGGAGGGGAAAGCGGUUUACCACCCACACGAGAAAGAUCCACCGAAUCUGUACGCCAGGCUGCAAGCUGAGAUUAGUUCUAGUGAUGCGUCCUCCUUUGCGGCAGAUACGUUCUCCUCUGUCGUCGGCAACAACCUGCCAGCGGUGGAAUCCGAUGAUAUUGCGAUGGACGACGAUGCUCGUAUGGAAUCAGCGUCAGACAAUGAUAGCGACGUGGACAUUACCGGAAAUUCUACUCCACUCCACCGGAUGUCGGAUGUGGGAAACGAUGUCGAUGCAGCUGGGGAUACGGAUGAGGAGGCUCUGACGAAGGAGAAAGAGAACGCUUUUGAUGUGUUUGGGGGACGCCCGAAAUACUCCGAAGUGUCUGCUGCUCCGGCCCGGCAUGAGUAUGAGAAAGCCGCAGACUGCAAAUUGCCUUCCAAAUCGUGUGCUCCAAAAAAAAGAAAGGUCUCAGAAGCCAAGUCUGCGAAACGACCGAAACAGCCACGAAAAGCCUCGGUGUCCACCGAAAAGGCGAUGCCCGACGAUUUCAAGCCCGAGAUGCUCUAUGCCACCGACGACCUGCAAAUGUGGGCUCGCAAGCGAAAGCGAAUCGACUAUGCCGCAAUGUCGAAAGGAAUUGGGCGGGCAGAAAAGGCCCGCGAUGUGGGUAUCGACGGAAAUGGCAGAAAGUCCGACUCGCGAGGCAGGAGCAGCCGAGCGUCUCCGGACGGCCUGGCGACACCACUGAACGGGCGGGCGGGAGUGGCACAACCCCGCUCGACGAAAAGCACCAUGCCAACUUGCGCAUGCGGUGAGCCUACUACAGGGGUUGGCGCGAGGGAGAACGAGUUCUGCAUUGGGUGUGAGGGAUGCGACGUGUGGUUCCAUGGACGGUGCGUCGGUGUGCCGGAUGCACCUACGGCUGAUGCAUACGCGAAGUGGGUGUGCAGCGCCUGCUUUGCGAAGGGCGAGAGAAGUUCGUGGAAACUCAUGUGCCGAGCGGAUGGGUGCGACGGUUGGGCGGAAGUAGAGGUUGAGGACCCUUUGGCGGAUGUACCAAACGGGGCAGGAGACGAUGCGCCGCUACCCCUCGCAUCCAAAUUUGAGAAUCUGCCACGACGGUACUGCUCCUCCACCUGCGGCCGUCGUGCCGCAAAAGCCAUCCGCAACACCAUUCAAAUCCCCACCCGGCCCCGGCCGCCACCAACCGAGGAAACCAUCAACGCCAACAUGUUUGCCCGUCUCUCCACCUGGCAAGCCGUGCAAGCCGCCGAAGUCAUCGAUCGAGCAAAACUGGACAAAUUGCAAAGCGAAAAGGCUAGCGUCAAACGCUGGGUUCAUGCUCUGGAACUCCGGCGGCGGAGGAUCCGAGAGGCGAUCGCGGCGUGCCUGGCCUUGAACGGUGUGAGUGAGGAGGACAUGCACAAGGGGGAUGAUGGGCAAGUGGACCACGAAGGCGGGGGGCAAGCUGGCACGUAUAAUAUCACGGUGGCACCGGAAGACAGGAUCUGUGGAUUUGAUGCGCGGAUCGUGGCCGAGUGGGUCGUGGAUGAACCGGAUCAUGGGGAUGAGGGUUGCGAUGAGGAGUGGAGCAAGGUGAAGACGGACGAUAGUUGGAAGGAGAAACCUUCGAUGGUGAAUGGGCACGAUGGGGAAGCUCCGCUGGAUGAAGUACGGGUGUCAGAGGUGCAGGGUCAAGAUCACCGUGCGGUGGCCCCGGAUCGUGCCAGAGAUAUCGAUACGCCGGAAUCAGCAAAAUCUCGCCCGUUUCGUGCUGAAAUCGUACAACAUAGUAAUGGUGACGCUAGCGACGCAAUGCUCAUUGAUACCAGCGCCGAAUCCAGCAUUAGGUCUGGCGCCGAUAAAGAGAAAUCUCAGGAUGGCGACGCACACGAAGGAGAUGCCAUCGCCAUUCAUCGACCAUCACCCUCCGUCGCGAAUGGAGUCAUCUCCACAAAGUGCGUGGCGGCCCAACCGGUCGAGUGUGAUGAUGGAAGCCGGUCUGUCACAGGUGACCUGCCAGCACAUCAGACGCCGGCAAGCGAACGGGAACGUGAAGGUGAUGGUAUGGCGGUGGACGGAACUGCUUUGGCAGAGGAAGCGGGCAAAAUGAACCUACCGUCCCAUGUGGUGAGCGCAGACGCACAUCAACCCAUAUCGGGACAUGACGUGGCAUUGGGCAAUGGGGACGCUACGCUUCAGCCAUCCUCAGAUUCACUACAGAUUGUUGCGCGGAGUUCUGCGGAAGACAAGGUCGUGCACGCGCAGACGUCUCCGUCGGAAACCGACCCAAUGGACAUCGUUGCACCGGAUAAGCCACUCGUGGAGGGCACGUCGCACGACGGUCCGGACAAGAACGGGAGUGAAGCCAUUCCCUCCGCAGAUAAACAACACGAGGCGCUCGUCUCCGGCCCCAGCCACCCACCCUCCCUUUCUCACCACCCAUCCGAUAUGCCUACAUCCCCCGCCGACCCGUCGCCCCAACACGAUCAACCCCCACCACCCCUGUGCACCCACACAGGCAAAUGCCCGCUCCACGAAGACUGGGAACGCCUCAAAUGGCGCGAAGUCGAGCUCGAACUCCAGACCGCGCUCGCGAGGCUUGACGGGCUCCGGAAGACUGGGACGCCGGCGGUGUGGCGGAGUUUGCGCAGGAGGAGGGAGGUGUAAAUACGUUAUGUCCUGCAGUGGACACUCACUGCCUACGAGCGU